CCCAAGAACGGAUGGUAUUUCAACACAGAGGACGAGCAGGCACUUUUCAAAAAAGCAAAGCUGGCGCACGACGGGGAGGUUGACAGCGAAAACGACAAGAAGGAGAACAAGGGGAAGAAACAGGAGGAGGACAAGAAGGGGGGCGAGAAGGAUGACACAAAGGAGGACACGACAGAGAGCACGAAGGAGGACAAGAACGAGGACAACAAGGACAACAAGCUUUCCUGGGAGAAGAAGGUGGAAGCCAAAAAGUCUGCAGCACAGAGCUCCGCUUGGCGCCCUGCGCACGAGAAGGACGACAGGAAGGAGGACAAGACAGAGAGCAGGAAGGAGGACAAGAACGAGGACACGAAGGACAACAAGCUUUCCUGGAAGGAGAGGCUGGAGGCCAAAAAGGCUGCAGCGCAAAGAUCCACUUGGCGCCCUGCGUGCUGGUUCUACAACAACGCCAUUUGCAUCAAAGGGAGCGACUGCCCCUUCUUCCACAGGGCCCAGAAGAAGCCCCGCGAACCUUGCCGCAAGUUCGCGCAGGGCCUCUGCUACCGAGGCAACAACUGCUGGUACGCGCACCUGGCGGGGAAGGGGGUGCAAAAGACAGGGGACCAACUGCAGGAGACGCCCAAGGAAAGGGCACUCGACGAGGAGAUCAUUCAGCAAAGCCGCGCGGGCGAGUGGGAGCAGUGCACGACCAAGACCAACAAAACAGUCGGGCGCUCCAAGGCCACAGGGGAGGUGCGCUUCACCCCGCCCACGCAGAACGAAAUUGAACAGGAGGACGCGAAGUUCGCUGACUUGAAAAAGGCGUUUCUUUUGAAGAACAACCAGAAGCAUUUCAAGGCGGCCAAUUUGGCCGCAAAGUACAACAUCAAGUUGGAGGGGCUGAACAAG